GGAAGUUGAUCGCGGGGAAGAGGGGUGGCGCGCGGUCAUGUCGGCCUCCCUGGUGCGGCGGGGCCUGGAGCUGCUGGAGGCGCCGGGCCGGGGAAAGGGCCCGCCGGGACUCCAGCGGGGGCGGGACGGCCCCAGGGCGGCGUGCGCUGGCAGGCGGAGGAGGAAGGCGCCGGAGGCCCGCAGGAACCAGGCCACGGUUAAGGGCAGGGUCGUGAAGUCGGCGAUAGAGGAGUAUCAUAAGAAGAAGGCCGCGAAUCACUUCAGAGAAAACCUGCAGUACAUGUUGAAGGGACGAUUUGUUGCAAACAAAGCCAUCACAGAACAGAUUCUUGCUCAGAACAGAGGCAGAAAGUCCAAAGAUCAGCCUCCAAAGAAGGCAGAAAAGAAGAAGCCCGAGGGCACUGUCUUUACUGAAGAAGAUUUCCGUAAAUUUGAGAGAGAAUACUUUGGGAGGCCGUAAACAACAUGACAGGGAUUCUUGCAGCUCCAGUCUUUCUGCAGCUGGGUGCUCGGCGUGCAGGACUGGCCACUUCUUCAGUGUGUUUGAGAUAGGACAUCAGAGGUGUGCCUCUGUCAGCAGGUGCUUUAAUGUCACACUUUCAGAGCAGCUGUGCACCUGUGCAGAACUUGUUACUGGCCAGCUAGAGCCACAAAGGUUCUUUUGGCUCUGAGGUGUGUUGUCCUUAUAAUUACCUCCCUCCAGUUAACAUAUCUUGCAUUCUUAAUGUAGAAGGGUGGGCCAAGCCAAAUACAAAUCUUGUUCCCCUUCUUCAGGAUGUAAGGCUUCUGCAACCUGUGUUAUUUGGCAUGGAGCAUUUUAAAGUACUAUAUCUGAAUGGAGAAAUGUUUUGGACCAGCAGUAAUAAAUCAUUGGAAGGGAAGGAUGCUUUGAAAGACUGUUAAACCUGAGAAACCCUGCAGUUUCUGUUCUUAUUACAGCCUGUGUCAGGUUUUUCAGUCAUUGUAAAUACUUUUUUUAUAUGUUGUUUGAUUAAAUAAUUGUUGCAGA